AUGCAGUACCAGCCUCCGGGCGCGGCGCCGGCGGCCCUGGGCGUCGGCGUCCCGCUGUACGCGCCCACGCCGCUGCUCCAGCCCGCGCACCCCACGCCCUUCUACAUCGAGGACAUCCUGGGCCGCGGCCCCGCCGCCGCCCCGGCCCCCCACUCCCUGCCCGCCCCGCCGCCGCCGACGCUGCCGUCGCCCAACUCCUCCUUCACCAGCCUGGUGUCCCCGUACCGGACCCCCAUCUACGAGCCGACCCCCGUCCACCCGGCCUUCUCCCACCACCUCGCCGCCACCUAUGGCACCGGCGCCUACGCCGGGCCCCUCUACUCCUUUCCCCGCGCCGUCGGCGACUACGCGCACGCCCUGAUCCGGCAGGACCCUCUGGGGAAGCCGCUGCUCUGGAGCCCCUUCAUCCAGCGGCCGCUGCACAAGAGGAAGGGGGGGCAGGUCCGCUUCUCCAACGACCAGACCAUCGAGUUGGAGAAGAAGUUCGAGACGCAGAAAUACCUCUCCCCGCCGGAGAGGAAGCGUCUGGCCAAGAUGCUGCAGCUCAGCGAGAGGCAGGUCAAAACCUGGUUUCAGAAUCGCAGAGCCAAAUGGCGGCGUCUAAAGCAGGAGAACCCCCAGGCCACCAAAAAAGAAGAAGUAGAAGGUGCUGACAGUCACAGUGACCAAAGGCCGGAGAGCUGCCAGAGCCCUGAACAGAAGGGUAAGGAGGUCUCUCUGGAUGGCUCACAGUACACCCCCUCACCAGCCUCACAGGAGGACCUGGAGUCAGAUGUCUCUGAUGACUCUGAUCAAGAAGUGGACAUUGAAGGCGAUAAAGGCUAUUACACUGCUGCCCACUAACAGUCCCAUGCAGAGAGCGGACCUAACUCGGCUUGCACUUUACCAGGGGCUGGUUUGAAAGAAUAUUGUGCUACAGGAGAAAACUUUCGCUGUUACAUUGAAAGCAAAAAGCAUCACCAAAUAGACUAAUUUUAUUACAAGCAGAGAAAGAAAGAUGUAUUUUCUGCAAACAGUUCAGGUUUGGCAUCUCUAAUUUGGUUAAAGGACCAUGGUUUGUAUUUAAUUAUUUGUAAGAUAAGUUUGUACAAUUAUCAAUGUUCUGACUGGAAUAUUAUCCUGCACCCUGUCCUUACUCAUGGUGGCGGAGAGGGUCUGAAUCAGCUGCUGUCGGUGAUCAGGCAAAACUCUAACUAGUGUGGAAGUGAGUAUGGAUUGCAGGAGACUAAGCCCUUUAUAUGUGUAAACAAACGUACUUUCAGUAGAUUAAUUUAAACGCCCUUUGUAAGCAGAGAAACAUGUUCUGAGAAAGAGGGAGGGAUUUGACCAUCCCGAGAAGUGCCUUAUACUCACACCCUUUUAUGUGCUCUCUACUGAGACAUCCUUCCUUCGUCAGGUAGAGUUGUCAGAUUCCUUUUUCUUCUUGUGUGAGAUGAAAUGUGCCUUCUCAGAUUUUUGAGAAUUUUGUCUCACCAUUUCUGCAAAUGGUUCCAUUUGCAGAAAAAAAAAUAUUUUUCUCCUUCAAAAUCUCUAGCACUGUUUUUUAUGGAUUUCAUAUUUGAGAAGAAAAUGCAGGGAGUGAUAGGGCUCUGCUGCAGGACAGAAGCUUGCAUCAGCUGCAGGGCAUAAGUGAAGCACACAGCCGUGGGAAGAUAAUGCCUAUCGUACACGUAUCUGCUUCUGUACAUACUAGUUUUCUUUAAAAGUCUUGUGGUUUUAUACCUCACAUUGUUCAUAUUUUGUACAUAUUUGUUCAGUGUUUAAAAAAAAAGGCAAAACCUGGUAUUUAAUUUUUGAUGGACAUAUCUGUGAAAUAAACCUAAACUCUGCAACACUCA